AUGGUAUGCAUCGGUAGCCUCCUGAGGGCGCUGGUGCUGCGUGCGGCGGCGUCUGCGGGCAGGCGCCGGGGGCCCAGGAUCCUGUGUGGCCGCGCGGCGGAUGUGCGCGUGACGCCCCGGCACGGACACGGACACGGCUGGCGCGGGUUCCGGGCGGUCACGGGAAGGAUGAUGCUGGACUCCUCUGACUCUGCCUCUGCCACCGCCGCGGAGGCAGGGGCCGGGGCGGUGGCGGGGCAGGUGCAGCAGCAGCGCCGCGCGGUGGGGGCCGUGCCCCAGGCGCACGACGGCGGCUACGCCAGCGGCGGAUGGGAGAGAGAAGAUGGUAAACUGAGUUGUGGAUACUCAAGUUUUAGAGGGAAGAGAGCUACAAUGGAGGAUUUCUAUGAUGUAAAACUAACUGAAAUCGAUGGACAAGCUGUUAGCCUGUUUGGUGUUUUUGAUGGUCAUGGUGGAUCACGUGCUGCUGAGUAUUUGAGGGAGCACUUGUUUGAGAACCUUCUCAAGCACCCUGAUUUCUUGACGGAUACAAAGCUUGCUAUAAGCGAAACAUAUCAGAAAACAGAUACAGAUUUCUUGGAAUCGGAAGCAAGCGCUUUCAGGGAUGAUGGUUCAACAGCAUCAACUGCAGUUUUGGUGGGUGACCAUCUGUAUGUUGCAAAUGUUGGUGAUUCUCGUGCUGUUAUUUCAAAAGCUGGCAAAGCUAUGGCACUUUCAGAAGAUCACAAACCUAACAGGAUUGAUGAGCGAAAGAGAAUUGAAAAUGCUGGUGGUAUUGUCAUUUGGGCUGGUACUUGGAGGGUAGGUGGUGUAUUGGCAAUGUCCCGUGCAUUUGGCAAUCGUUUACUGAAGCCAUAUGUGGUGGCAGAACCUGAAAUUCAGGAAGAACAGGUCAAUGGUGAGCUGGAAUGCCUGGUUCUUGCUAGUGACGGGCUUUGGGAUGUUGUGGAAAAUGAGGAAGCUGUUUCCCUUGGGAAAUCAGAGGAGGCGCCAGAGUCUGCAGCUCGGAAAUUGACAGAGAUUGCUUACUCUCGUGGCAGCGCUGACAAUAUCACAUGCAUCGUGGUCCAAUUUCACCAUGACAAAACCGGAUGA